AUGUUGGAUAAACGUUCAGUCAGCGGAGCCUUGUUCUUUGUUUGGAUUUUUGUGUUGAUUCAACCUUCGCGCCAAUUCAUCGUUCGAUUUCCUGAUUCAGCAACUUCACGAUUCUCAAAUGUCAGGAAACUUUACUAUUCGAGCGAAUUGAAGGAGUACUUGGGAAGCGGGGACUUCAAUUCAACACUUCCUGGGGAUGAUGUACUUAUGGAUGCCUAUAACAAAUGGAGAAUGCAAUUCAACAAGGGGGAAUAUUCGUCAGAACGAUUUGAGAAUUUCAAGAUCAACUAUAGAACUCUAAUGACAGCAAAUGCAAAUGCUGCAUCAGAACGACAAGCUCACGAAGGCAGAUCACAGGGGUUUCCAUCCUAUAUGAGUUUGAAUGAGUAUGGGGACUGCUCCAUUGAAGAAUACAAGAAGAUUAUGGCUUCCGUUGGCAAAUUUGCCAGUCAGAAGAAUGUGAACCCAACAUCUUCUAGCACUGCACCCAAUCAACAAGCAACUGCAUCGUACGGGCCGAUUGGGGACCCACUUGAAUGGGAUAUUGACAGCGGUGAGAGUGAGAUCGACAAGGAAAUACGAGUUGAAGAAGCCAGACGAAAUGAAGAAGCCAAGGAGUACGAAAUCCGACUAAUAUAUGAGGCUUGGUGCGAAGAAAAAGGAAAGCCAUUCGACGAAUCGCGGCUGCCUAUAUUCGCAGAACACUACUCAAACGCAGUAGAAUAUUGUGCACAAACCAACAAACCUUUAAAGCUGAAUGAAUACGCCGACCUCACAGCAGAAGAAUACAGCUCACGUAAGAUCAACAAACAGCAGAAGGAAGAAAAAGAAUCAGCAGCUUCCUUCAAUUGGCAGCGACAAAGUGAAUUGUCAGCGCCAUUCAAACGGCAGAAGGAGGAAAAAGAAUCAGCUUCCUUCAAUGGGCAGCGACAAAGUGGAUUGUCGGCGUCAUUCGACGGGCAGCAGCAGCAAGAACAUUCAGCACCCUCAUUCGGUGGGCAGCAGCAACAGAAAGAGCCAGCAGUCCCAUUCAACGGGCAGCAGCAGCAAAAAUAUUCAGCACCUUCAUUCGGUGGGCAGCAGCAUCAGAAAGAGCCAGCAAUCCCAUUCAACGGGCAGCAGCAUCAGCAGCAAAAAUAUUCAGCACCUUCAUUCGGUGGGCAGCAGCAACAGAAAGAGCCAGCAGUCCCAUUCAACGGGCAGCAGCAGCAAAAAUAUUCAGCACCUUCAUUCGGUGGGCAGCAGCAACAGAAAGAGCCAGCAGUCCCAUUCAACGGGCAGCAGCAGCAAAAAUAUUCAGCACCUUCAUUCGAUGGGCAGCAGCAACAGGAAGAGCCAACAGUCCCAUUUAACGAGCAGCAACAAACACCUGCAGAUUCGAAGCCUCCAAGUCAAGUUCCUUUGCAUACUGGCAUGUCCUCGAAUGGUUCUUAUUUGGACAGCAUAUCAAAAGGCAAGGUCCUUGCUACAUACUUUGGAGAGAAGCCAGAGCUAAAAGGAGAAGAUUUGGACGCUCUUUUUUCAAAACUCAACCAAGCAAAAGAGAUGGAAGAAGAGACCAAGAUUCAAGCUCGGAGAGCUGAAGUCGCUGCUCUUGAGGCGGGAGAGGUAGCGAGAAUAAAAGAGGAAGAACAAGCUCGUUUAAGCGCAGCAGAAGAAGCUCGACAGCAAAUGUUGGAAGAAUCUAGACUACAAGCUUGGGAGGAAGCUCGGCGCCAGGCUGAAAUCGAAGCGAAACAGAGAGCUCAAGAAGCAUCUCAAGGAACAUCGGAAAUUCCAUCAAGCCCCCCAGCUGUCGCUUUUCGGCCAUUGUCAGGAUCUUACUUGGGAGCUGUCGCGAAGACAUGGGAGUCACGGUCCGAAUACUUGGCUCAAUUGGAAGCUUCAACUAAGUACUUGGAGAGCUUGCAAGAUACGCCUCCAUCAGAACUACCUAGAAUGUACGAUGAAUUGGACGCGUUGACCGGCUCAUUGCCCAUUGUUGCAAACAGAGCAGAAGCAAAGAAAGUUGUAUCCAGCUUAAAUACGGUAGAAGAUCUGUGGGAGGAUGAGAUGAUUGAAAAUAAAUUUGAAACUCCAGUAAAUGAGCCUACUGAGAUCAAGGAUGACACAGCUACCACAGUAACCGAGGUAACAAAGAUCAAAGAUACCACUGACUCGUCCACAAGACGACAGCGGGAAGAGGUGGCCGCUCGAAGGGCCCGCGAGGAGGCUGAAGAGUGGAUGCGAAUCCAGAAACAGCUCGAGGAGCAGGCUGAUCUUGCUCGGGAGCGUAGGGAACGUGAAGAGAAUGCGCUGCUAGAAGCUCAGAAGAGGUCAAAAGCACUCAAGGCUGCGAAUCUUGAGCGUGAGCGCCGUUUGAAGGAGUUCCAGGCAAUGGAAAGAAAGACCGAUGAUACUGAGGAAAUCGACAGGAUAAAACAGCUGCAAGAGAACACAGAGAGAGCUCUCCGAGAGGCCGCAAAGCUGAAGCAAGAAUUGGAGAAUUUCAACAAUUCGAAAUAUCCUUCUAUCAUGUCUUUCUUUCGAGGCAAUGAGGGCAAACCGAAUCUUGGUGCUUUCAAGCAGAACCAGCAGUUUGCGGCAGCGCAACGAAAGCGUGCCGAAGUGCUGAAUCGAAUAAACACCCAAGAUCAAAAAAAGAACUUAUUCGACUGGCUGCAGAAUCCUUCAGCCGAGAAAUCAAAGACUCUUGCUUCGGUAACAAUGUGGUCAGAGAAUAAAGACGGCAGCAUAACUGGUAUUGUGGAAAAAUCACGUUCUUUUGACAAAGGGGUACGAAUAACAACAUCACCAAUAAUUGGAAAAGCAUACGAGGGUGCAGUCGUAGUCACUGCUUCAGGUAAUCGGUACCAACUCGGAGAGAAAGAAACGUCAUCUGUUGGUGGAACUAAAGCUGCUGAAGUGUUUAUGGGUUUCGUUGAUGGGUUUCAGAAGACGCAAAAGGCAGCAUUGCUGUUCGAUUGGGAAGUAAAUAAAGAUGGUACACUCACUGGAAUCGUCAGCAAGAAGAAGGGAUUCAACGAUGGUGUCAAGAUCACAACCUCGCCUGUUAUCGACGCAAUCGGACCGGGAAGGGUAGUCCGAACUCGUGGGGGAAGCUAUUACCGCCUUUUGUAG